AUGUUCGAGAAUUCGCCACUCAUGGUGUUUCCAUCGGCGAGUUCACCUACGGGGACCAGUUUCAUCGACACAUUGGCGAUGAAUGCUGAAGAAUACGGUGUGGCCAACGAUUUGCAAGGCCCAUCUUCUUGGAAAAGUGACCGAAUGCAGACUCCUAUCGACUAUGGUUCGGGAAGCAUUGAUUUAGAAGAGAGUGUAGAGUAUAUCGAUGAGUCUCAUCAGACAUCCCCCGCUUCGGAAGAAGGAGAAUACAGACAACAUUCUGUAUCUCUCGAGGAUGGCGCCUCUAGCGUACAAAGAAGCUCACAAGCUGAUACCGAAGCAAUGAUCGUUCCAAGGGAAAGAGGAAAACGUCGAAAAGUCACCCCACAGUCAGCUGGUAGUGAAGAGGUGUUUGAAGAAUACACAAACGAUGCUGAUCGGACCGUCGCAUUGCCGAAACGAGGGAAAGUUUCCGAGGUAACAUCCGGCAUGUCAGGAUCCAGAGAAAGGUUCUCGAGGAACGGAGCCACAAGGAAUCCUCGAGGACGUCCACCUGGCAGACGAAAGACUGACCCUUGGGGAGGAACCACAGUGCAGCAUAAAGUCAGAACCGUCACUAGACCCCCCGGUAUUGUAAAAACAAGAAGUGGGAGGGCCUCUGUCACUCCAAAAGCCCAGGAUACAAUCCGCGCCCCUGAAAGUGUUCGCACGAAUGAAAGGAUUAAACCGCGAAGAACCAGGCCACUCCAACGUCAGACGGUCACUGAGCUGGUGGCAGACAAUAGUCAAGAAACAUGGGAGAUGACAAGUGGUUACAAGGCCGUGGGAUGCUGGGAACGACGGCCCCAAAAGGAAGUGGAAGAGGAAGAGGAAGAGGAAGAGGAAGAGGAAGAGGAAGAGGAAGAGGAAGAGGAAGAGGAAGAGGAAGAGGAAGAGGAGGAGGAAGAGGAAGAGGAAGAGGGCGAUAAAAAUUGGCUCUACCUCCACCGGAAAGUCGCCUUUUCCAGUGUCAUGACCCUCGGAAGUAAUCUUCCGAGGAACAAAUUCCAUUGGGGAAAGGUGAAGGUUGACGGUCUUAAUGAAUUCGGUCAAAUGGUCAUCCCGCCAGGUGGCUCCAAAGAACGAUCACGAAUGCAGGAAUUUAACCUCCUCUUCAUAAUUCUACAAGGUCCAGUUACUGUUGAGAUUAACGAUCAGUGUUUCAAGAUCAAUACGAGGAGUAUGUUUGUGGUCCCUAAAGGUUGGUCGCAAGGAACUACUAUCGUAUCACUAACAAAGACAAAGAAUCUGCUUUAA